UUCUCGUGCGGUGUCAUGAAAUGCAUUCACUUUUGAAGCCUUCUUUGCUCUUCUUAUUGUUGCCUUCUCCAAUGAAGAAAUGUGUCAGUUACUAUGGAGGCACAAAAAUGAGCGUUUUUCAUGCAUUCGUUACAGAAAAUAUUAUGCGAUACUGCAUAACGUAUGAUUGGGAUACAUUCAUAAAAAUGGAAUCUUCUUUCUUACAAACUGACCAGAAGUCUGAUGUAACUAAGAAUUCAUCAAAAGUUGGAUUAAUUCUUGUUGGAAUAACUGGAGGUGUUGCUGUGGCUCUUAGUGUAAUAUGCAUUCCAUUUGUAAGUCCUGCGUUGCGUAGGAUAUGCUUGCCUUAUGUUCCAGCCACAACACAACAGGUUGAUAAUGUUUUACAUGCACUGAAAAGCCAAUCUGGAUCAUCAAUUGAUUUGGGUAGUGGAGAUGGUCGAAUAGUUUUUGCUUUGGCAAAAGCUGGUUUCAGGGCAGAUGGUAUAGAACUAAACCCUUGGCUAGUACUAUACUCAAGAUUUCAAGCGGUUAGUCAGGGUAUAUCUUCAAAAACAUCUUUCUAUAGAAAGGAUCUAUGGAAAUUCAAUGUAAACAAGUAUGACAAUGUCGUUAUAUUUGGUGUUGAACAAAUGAUGAAUGAUGUCGAAGAAAAAUUCAUCAGAGAGCUACGAAGUAACUGUACCAUAGUAGCUUGUCGAUUCCCGCUACCUAAUGUAAAGCCAUUGAAUACGAUAGGUCAUGGUGUAGACACUGUAUGGGUAUACAAGACUCCUCUAAUGUUAUCAAGGUAAUAGAAUAUUAAACAUAAAAUAACAAUAAUUGGAAAAUCCACAGUGAGUCAUUAUGAACUUUAUUGUACUUAUGUACACGAGAAAGUGAUAUACUCUAAAUAAAAUGUGAUACAAGAA